AUGCAUUCCCGUGAGAGUUCCAGGGGAGGUUGGGACGGGGGCCCUCGGAAGUACGCCUACAAUCGCGAGGGAGCCCGGGAACGAGAGAUGCACCUCUAUCUUCCGUAUUGGGGGUUUUCAGAUUCUGAGAAACAUGCUCAACAGUCGAUUGGAAGCCAUCCGAAUGUGUCACGCGACAAUGUCUUGACAGUCUUUGCGCAACUCGCCGCGCUACGAAUGGGCGCUCAAAGAGCAUUAAUAUCACUUUUUGAUAAGAGUAUGCAACAUGUCGUUGCAGAGGCCACACCGGGACUUAGCUUGCGCGGCACCGAGGGGUGUGAGCGAACAGAAGCCUUAUGGCUGGGCGUUUGUCGUCUCCCGCGCCAGCAGAUCACAAUGUGCUAUCAUGCAGUAAGAUCAUUUGUAGAGGACGGUCUGGACAUUUUUGUUGCGACGGAUCUGACUGAAGAUGAUCGAUUCAAACACCAUCCAUCGGUAUCUGAUUAUCCGCAUAACAGGUUCUACGUGUCUGUACCAAUCCAGUCACCGGAUGCAUAUGUCAUUGGGAGUGUGGCAGUGCUUGACGACCAGCCGAGGGAUAGAGUCAGUGAUGAACAAGUACAAUUCCUGAAAGAACUCUCGGUGACAGUUAUGGACUAUUUGCUGUCGCAACGAGCGAUGCGAGAGGAGUAUCGCGAGGAGAAGAUGGUCCGGGCCUUGGGUUUGUUCGUCAGAGGAAAGUCAGACCUGGCCGAAUGGUUCUACGGUCGAAAUUCUCCGGACAAAAAAUAUGGUUCACAGAUGGCACAUGUGAACCGGCGAUUGGAGCAAUUACAAGUCUCUGGUCCAAGCCCCGAUGAGGAAGAGAAUCAACGGGAGUGGCUGAAUGAAGAUGGAGAAGCAGCCAACGCCAAAGCCCGGGAACAAAAGAAGAACAGAUAUAGAUCCCCUGUCCGAAAGUUUGAGAACCAACAGGAAAUGGACAGUGGGGAUGAGGACGAGACAGAUAGCAAAAAGAGCAAAAGACAGCGGCCGCGGCUGUCCCCUACCACUAGCCAAAUUCAAGAAACACUUGUCCCCUCCAGUGUGCGAUCCGUGGUCAACCGCGCCGCGUCUUUAAUAUAUCAGGCACUGGAUGUCGAAGGGGCAAUGUUCAUCGAUGCAAGCGUGUAUGCUCGACGCCAAACAGUGGGUUCUACUGAGACUACGCAUGACACACCAGGAGCAUACAGCAUCGACAACAAAGUAGACGAGGACCAAGUCCCUUCCGCCUCAUGCCCAGAGUCGGGGUUUCCAGGCUCCGCCGACGGCGAAAAGGAGGCCAGAAGCCUGGUCCUUGGUCACUUCACCUCGUCUACAUCUGACCAAGCGGAAAACCUGAAGGACAGUCAUUAUGUCUCUCUCUCUGGUGCGUUUGUGAGCCAUCUCAUUGAUCAGUACCCCAGGGGGAAGAUCUUUCACAUCGAGGAAGAUGGUUCCAUUGCGUUAAGUUAUGAGGGGUUAGCAGAUGAGAUGGACUACUCCGAAAGUGGUGGACGGGGCGCGCAGACUACAGAUGCCCAGAAGAAGGAUGUUCAGCAGGAGACUAUGGACAUCAAGCAACUGAUGAAGGUUCUACCGGAUGCAAGAUGCAUUGCCAUAUUUCCGGUCUGGGACUUUCAGCGAAGUCGCUGGUUUACAGUUAAUCUGGUCUGGACUGAUGAUCCGGGCAGAGUCUUGUCGGAGCCAAAGGAUCUAACAUAUAUGGCCGCAUUCAGCAACACGGUUAUGGCCGAGGUGUCACGCUUGGACCUAGAGGCAGCCGACCGAGCCAAAGGCGAUUUCAUUUCUUCUAUAUCUCAUGAGUUGCGGUCACCUUUGCAUGGCUUACUUGGGACUGUAGAGCUGCUCCAAGAUAUGGUGAACUCCUACGCGCAACGGUCGUUGAUCGAGACCAUAUACAGUUGCGGUAGGACACUGUUGGACACGUUAAACCAUCUUCUUGAUUAUGCUAAGAUUAAUACUCUCACCCGACCACGGCCGUCAGAUGUAGCCGGUAGACAAGGAGGUUCGGACGUGUCCAAGCCCCAAUCAGCGGUGCCUGGCUUUCUUCAAGAUGAAGACCUGGGCGUGUUGGUCCAGGAGGUGAUUGAGGGUCUUCUUGCCGGAGCAGAGUAUCAGCGUCGUGGACCAAACGAUAAUAAUGAGGUAGCCGUGAAGAACAAUGCCAAUAUCCCAGAGUCUCGACUGAUGACUAUUGUGGAUAUUGAGUGGCAAGACAGUUGGCAGUUCAGUGUUCAUGCCGGCGCUUGGCGCAGAGUGGUGAUGAAUCUGUUCGGCAACGCUCUCAAGUACACGCGCUCAGGCUACAUUCGGUUAUUGAUGAAAAAGAAAACGUUGACGAUAGACGGCAAGGACCCUAGACCAGCAGUUCAUAUCACGAUCAGUGAUUCCGGGCGCGGCAUGUCUAAAGACUUUCUUAGGAAUCAUUUGUACAGUGCCUUUCUCCAAGAGGAUACUACUUCUCCUGGCUUAGGGGUGGGCCUUCAUCUAGUCCAUCAAAUCGUGAGGUCUUUGGAUGGACAGAUCAAAUUCACAAGUGAAGUCGAUCGAGGGACAAAUGUAGAUGUUGUUCUCCCUGUCACGCCGCCAGAACGGUCGACCUCUAUUCAAUCCUCUGACUAUCCCGGCUUGAGAGAUAAGCUGAACGGCAUGACAAUCUCAUUAUUCACGAGGAGCUCUCAGAUGGGCGAUCUAGGAUUCGACUCGCGAACAUUUGAAGAUGUCCUGUCGAACCUUGGACAUAUGGUGUCGGGGUGGUUUGGAUUACGGGUAUUGAGCCAGGAAGAACUUGACCAUGAACGGCCAGAUUUCGCUAUUGUUACUGAGCAUGAGUACUACAAGUAUUAUCGACAAGGCUCCAAUGAGCCGACACCAGGUAGCUCGGAAAUCAAACCGUCGCUUCCAUUGAUUGUUCUGAGUGCGGGAACAAGUAGCUGGAAAGCAUUGGGAGAGAGCGUGGACGAAUCGGUUAUCUUUCUUACACAGCCUGUGAGUCCCAAGACUCUCUCAACGGCAUUCAAGCAUUGUCUGGGUUUGUCAGAUCAUUCCCAGGGCUCAACGCCAAAAAGGGACCACUCCCCUUCCGAGCCUGCCAGGGAAACCCCCCAGAAACCUAACGCAGCACCAGAAAUCCAAGCGAAUAAUGGUAAAUCUGAGGAUCUAGGAAAGACUGAUGUUGACGGUGAUGUUAGCGACAACAAGCAAGAAUCGUCCGACAACGAAGAAACUCAGGAUAAGUCAUUGUCAGGCAAGAUUCUUCUCGUGGAGGAUAACCAAGUCAACCUUAAGAUUAUUGAGAUGUGUGUCAAGAGUGCUGGAUUUAAAUACCAGACCGCAACCAACGGCCAAGAAGCCUUGGAGAAGUUCAAGACCGAUCGAUAUGACGCUGUAGUAAUGGAUAUGUCUAUGCCCGUAAUGGACGGCUUGACAGCCACGCGGCAAAUGCGACAUUUUGAACGCACGAAACAGUUGCCACCCACAACUAUACUCAUACUAACUGCAGUUGUGUCAGCCUCUAUGCAGCAUGAAACCAUGAUGAGUGGCGCCAAUAUAUUUCUCACAAAGCCUACGCCACUGAAGCAAUUAAAAGAAAUAUUACGGAGACUAUCUGAAGGGAAGGAUGUGUCCGACGGAAUGAAAUCAUGA